CAGCGGAUCACCGAUCAACCGAAAGAGCCGAAGACGUCAGCUCAGUCAUGUGAUCAGCUGUGGCACUGAUGAUCAGUGUGCCCUGAUGAUCAGUGUAGCCCCAGCAGUGCCACUUGUCAGUGUCCAUCAAUGCCAGCUGUCAAUGCUCAUCAAUGCCACCUGUCAGAGCCUCUCAGUGCCAUAUCAAUGCCACAUAUCAGUGCCUACCAGUGCACAUCAAUGCCACAUAUCAGUGCCACCUAUCAGUAGCACCCAUCAAUGCCAAUCAGUGCCGCCUACCAGUGCCAUACAUGAGUGCUGCCUUUCAGUGCCCAUCAGUGAUGCCUGUCAGUACCGAUCAGUGCCACCUAUC